CAAAAUCGUUGUUCCAUAAGGAAGUUUACUCGAUAUAUAACAUGCUGAGUAACUUCGGCUGUCAAAAGUAAAUCUCCCAGUUAUGGAAGAAUCAAGUGACAGAGAGUUAAUCCUUGGUUUUAAACCACAAAAAGAAAUCAUAUACAACAAGCUUCUGCCGUAUAAAGACGAUGUCGACCUCGAUUCGAACGCGGAUUUAGCAGAAAUAAAAUGUCAGCUGGGCAGAGCAGUGCAACUUCGGGACAUCAAGGUUGGAGCCGGACACUGGUCCAGCCAGCUCUCCAGGUACAUAAGAUUGUAUGGGCUUAAGUUCUCCAAAGAAGAUCAUGUGCACUUCAUACACCUUCUGUAUGAGUUGGUAGUGCUGCCAGAUCUUGAGCUGUCUGUCGUUAAUAAAGUAGCCAACAUCCUCUCCACACUAUUGAAGAAGAAGAAGCUGUUGACAAGAGCUGACUUGACCCUGCAGUGGCGACCCCUGUACAAGCUAUUGGAUGGUGUGACGUACUCAACCUACCAGCAACAUGGACUGCUGUUGGAGCCAGCAAAUAUUGUUGCAGCCCUGGAGGCACUGGUCAGAAACUGCAGAUGUUAUUUCCCCUUGGAAUGCACCCAGGAGAUGUUGGAUGAGUGGCGUCCCUUGCUCUGCCCCUUUGACGUGACAGUGAUUAAAGGGCUGCAGUACCUAGAACUGUUCCUCCCCACCCACCAUGACCCCGAGCACAUGGACAAGGGAUUCAGGUUGUGGUUCCAAGAGCUGAUAGACAUGUGGGACUCCUUCCAUAACAGCCCCUCGUGGGAAAAGUUUCUGGUGUCCCUGAUGGCCCGACUUGCCCACAACAACAUUGGCUACAUUGAUUGGACACCUUAUGUAUCUAAGGUGUUCACCCGUCUGCUGCGGCUAUUUAACCUGCCUGUGGGCUCCAGCAGGGGCCAGGUCAGCAUCGGCAACCCCAUGAAGGUGGACGUGCAGCCCUUCAUCACAUGGAUUGUAUCUAUGAUGGGCAACGAGACCAUUGUACAAGAGCACAUAGAUCAGCUGUUCAAAGCCCUGCACAACUUCUACCACCCAUCCAACCUUGGACAGUGGAAUAUCAAACUGAGCAGUUUACUGAUGAACUUUCCAAAGGUGUUUGUCAGAAGAAUCAACAGAGAGCGGUACAGGAAGCCCAUGUGGAUGAAGCCCAUCCCAGACUCCCACAAGCUGACUGACGCAGAGAUCACUCGCUUCGUGGAGGCAAUGAAGAGCACGGUGUUGAUGAACAUGUUCAGCAAGUACGGCAGCCAGGACUCCUCCAUCGCCCUCCGACAUCUCUCCACCAUGAGACCCGAGCUCAUCGUGCCUCCGCUCCUGGAAAUGAUGUACCCUGCUAUGGAGACAUUGAUAGAGCCUCACAGAUUGAUAGCGUGUAUGAACUGUGUGGUGUCCGUGGCCCGCUCCAUGCUGAACUCUGGGAAGUGGUACCCAGAGGGUCGUCUGCACGUCCUGCCCCUGCUCAACCUCUCACUGCCGGGAAUAGACCCCAACGACUUCAAGAAGUGUCUCGUGACCUUUCAGAUGAUAUCUACAUUUAUCUCCCUUGUUCCAAUCGUAGACUGCUCUGAGGCCAUUCAUGUUCGUAGCGAUCUCACCGAGGAGGAGAAGGAGUUGUGUUCAGCAACUGCACAGUUUGAAGACUUUGUACUGCAGUUUGUAGACAGGGUGUUUGCGUUGGUGGAGAACAGUGCCCAGGAGCAUGUCCAUGGUAACCAGGAGGCCUUGAACCCUGAACAGCUGAUUGUGGAGAAAGCCCUCGCCUCCUGCUUCACCUCCGUACUACAGCAGUGCUCCACACCUAUAUUCAUGUCAGCAUUAAAGAGACUUCACAACUUCAUCAUCAACUCUGUAUAUGAGAGCCGUGUGGGCGGUCGCUAUGCAGCCAACCUGAUACGAGCUGCUGAACAGGUGAAACCAAAGGCGACAUUACACAUGUUCAUGGAUACGAUCUGUGAUAAUAUAUUGGAGCUCAUUAAGUCUCAUGAAGAGUACCUCACUGCUGAAAUCUUGGACGAUGGCUUUCUGUGGAACCUGCUCAUGUUUUCACAGCUGCUGCGCUGUGAUGGAAGCCAACUGCUGAUCUACCAAGCCAAGAUCCUGGAGGUGCUUACUCAGGUGCUACGACUCAAGUGUAUCCGUGGAUACGAGAUCGCUGCCAAGGCCCUCAUGUACCUGCUGGGAUCACUCACCCGGAUCUACCCUCUCAACUACCGCAGUGUGCCUGGGUCGGUGGACCGGCCUGUGGAUGAGUACCUGGCAAUCAGGGACUGGGCCCGUGUAGGGGACGUGGAGGCCUUGGGUCUAGAGUGGCAUUGCCCCACUCAGGGCGAGGUCACCUUCACAGAACAAGUGCUGCAGAAAAUACUGGUGCCUGAGCUGGAACUCGUGAAAAACAUCUCAACUACAAACAACUUGCCCAGGGAAGACCUGUUAAGGCGUGUCACCAUCAUUCUGGAGUGUGUUCAGGGAGCCGCUGCAGCCAUGCCUAUCUGGGACGGGCAACACAUACAACUAAUGGAAAGUGAGGUACCUAUGACAAGGUUUACAUGUGCCAACUCGUGUGGAUCUAAGUACACUGUGAGUCUUGGUGGAGGAGACAACCCUCGUGUGGUCAUCAUGGCAGCCAUCAGGCCCUUGCUUGAUUACAUGUUGAAGUCGUGUGAAGACGACACGAAAGGUUUAACCAAAGUCAUACAGAUCUACGAGUCCAUCCUGUUCUUCCAUGGCACGUCAGAAAAUGAGUUCCAGAACCGAUGGAAGAGUUUCCAUGCUGUCAAGAAUGCCCUGGAAGACAAGAUGCGAGGAGGCAAGAAGCAUCUGCGAGCCUUGUUAGUGGACAGAGUGUUCCUGCAACAUCAGAUGCGUUGCCUGCAGAAGACAGACCGCUCGUUCACCCAGCAUCACAAAGAGUUGCUGUCUGAUCUGUUCAACCUCUCUAUCAGCCGAUAUAGUGAGGUGCGUAAGAAGGCCCAGUCAGUGUUGUCAGCGUUCUUCCACAACUACCCCUACUCAUACCGCUGUCUCCUUGACCAGAUGGUGAACAAACUCACUGACAAGGAGGUACCAGAACACCAGUUCCAGGGUGUACUGUACAUCCUGCUGGGUACAAACAAGAGCUGCAUCCUGACCAAGCGGAGCUGGCAAGUGAUGUCUCAGGUAUGGCCAGCAAUCACCCAGGCCCAGCACACUGAGAAACCCUCCAUCCUGGGACUCAUUGACAGGAUUGUCACCAAGGCUGUGAAGAAUGCAGAAACUACAGCCAUCAAAAUACAGGUGAACAGUUCAUGUCUUGAGGCAGCUGGCAGGCUGUUGAUGUCGGGCGUGCCGACACCAACGGAGGGACUGUGUACAACAGAGCAACUACAGAGAGCAGAGCUGUAUGAGGCGGAGAGAAAUACACAGUCUCUGCAGAUGUAUUACAGUCUGGUAGAUCGACUUGUGUCCCUUGUGACAGCAGGAAAUCUAACCUGGAAGUUCUGCCAUAUAGGGCUGGAUCUUAUAAACCUAUUGCUGCGUCAUGAUGUGCCUGCCCCACCUAGCAUAGUAGAACUGAUGACCCAGUCCUGUAUACAUGAGUCUCUCUACAGACGUAAGAUUAGUGUAGUCAGCCUGAUGUCCAUACUACGUCAGUACAAGAGGCCGACCAAGAAGGUGCUAGUAGAUCCUGUGAAGGAAGCCUUCAAACACACCCCCACCCUGGGGCCGGACACAGAUCCAGGACUGAGACCAGGGUUCCGGGCCGACAAUGCCUGGCACCAGUACAAUGUCAAGGAGAUCCCAGAUUCAGCUGAGAAAUGGGAGCAACUGGUGGUUGUGGAGAAGACACACUGGGGAUACUACACCUGGCCUAAUCAGCUAGAGACCUAUGCAGCCCACAGUGAGCAGCCCAAGUUGAACCGCCCACGUGAGGAGAUGUCAGACAGUGAAAGGGUCAUCUAUGAUGCCUUCAGCAGCCCCGAGUAUGUGGCCAAGCUGAUAGACUUCCUGACCCUGGAGGAGAACAAGGGCAAGGAUCAGUUCAACCAUAAGAGAAUGAUCCUCUUCAAGGGCCUGUUCCGUAACUACGGGGACUGCGUGCUGGCCCCGUGGAAGCCCCAUAUAGAACGGCUGAUCAGUGACAUGAGUCACGACAAGCAUGAGACCAGCCACCGGUGUGCCAUGGAGAUCAUGUCUGGCCUCAUAUUGGGCUCUAAGCAUUGGUCAUAUGAAUCGACUGUGUCACUGUGGUCCUGGCUGCUGCCACUUCUCCGCUCGGCUCUCAACAGCAUCACAGACUCCACGCUGAAAGACUGGAGCACUUUCUUUACCUUUGCCUGUGAGAGUAGAGAUCCCCGCAAGCUGUACUGGUUCUAUGAACUUCUCCUAGAUAACCCUCUCAGUGGGGAGGGAGGAUCCUUCAGUGACGCAAGUCGUCUGUGCAUGCUACAGAACGCCUUGUUACAACAAGAGUGGAGGGUGGGGGACAUUCAUGACCGCCUUGUCACCUACCUCACACCACACCUCUCACACAUGUACAAGAUGGUCAGGGACCGUAUUGGAUCGCUGCUGUCAGAUGUAUUUAUACUGGACUACAAGAUGUUCCCAGGCUCCCGUAUGCGCUGUGACGCCCGGGCGGCCUUCUUCACUUCUGUACUACCUGACUUGCACAGGCUCAAGGACCUCGUUAUAGAGGAGGCACAGAGCAAGAAUGGAAACAAUGGGGGUUCAGGACAGAGCAGCCCAUACCCAGUUCUCCCCAGUCCCCCUGGUUCCAGUGUCAGCCUGGAGACGGCUGUAGAGCAGAUGGACAUUGACAACUCCCCCGCCCCGGGGGAGGAGAGUGAGGAGAGGAAACACCUCACACGCCUCUGUAAAACAGUGAUGAAGUGUGUAACAAGCUGUAUAACGAGGUCUUUCAACUCAGCACCUACUGAAAUACUCCAGCUGCUGCCAAUGAUGUGUACCCUGGAGAGUGAGACGAAGGAUGAGGAGUUGAGAGCCGACUGUAUGUCAGCCUUCGCUGUCCUCUCCCAGGUUUUGGUACAGCCAGACGUGAUACCCAGCAUGCUCCACAACAUCAAGGCUGUGACGGGGCUGGCCUCAUGGCAUGCUCGCUCAGCGGUGCUGCGCUAUGUGCAGGUGGUUGUGUUCUACAACUACUUUACGAUGCAGCUGCCAGGUCACAAGGAGACCAUUAGGAAGACUGUGAUGCACCUGAUGCUUGAUGAGAAACUGGAGGUGCGAGAGAUGGCCUGUGUGACCCUCAGUGGCCUACUGCAGUGUGGAUACCUGGACAUGGACCAGGACCUGCUGGAUCAUUUUGAAAAGCUGAGCUCCACAAAGAUCAACAAACGUACCAAGUCUGAAAUGGUUCCUAUGGGUAAGAUUAUACAGUGCCAUGCGGGUAUACUGGGCCUGUGUGCCUACGUGCAGGCAUACCCGUACGAUGUCCCGGCAUUCAUGCCCCAGAUCCUGGUCGACCUCAGUGAACACGUGAACGAUCCUCAGCCCAUUCAGGCGACAGUCAAGAAGACGCUGUCCAAUUUCCGUCGUACCCACCAUGACAGCUGGCACGACCACAAGCUGAUGUUUACCGACGACCAACUGGUCACCCUCACUGACCUCCUUGUCUCUCCGAACUACUACGCUUGAUGUUGGCCCUGUGUUAGGGUAUGCAGCCUUCUAGUGUUUCACACACAAGUGCCUGCUGACCAGAUACCAGUCUGGUUCCACUUUCAGUGUAGAAUGGGAACCAGACAAUAUUUCUGCAAGAAGCCAGUCUAUAAAACUGGUCAGGAACCAGCAGAUAUUUGGAAACAAAUAAGCACGUUGUGUGCUGGAAAACAGCAGAUAUUUUUGUUAAAAGUAAACCGGCCAAAAAGAUGAUGCUAGGAAACCAAACGUUUAUAUUGCACGUAAAGAAACAAACCUUUCCGUUUUUGGAGGGCACCAAUAGAAUAUGUGUGCUGGCAACAACAAGUACAAUUAGAGAGUUAUUUUUAUAGGUAAAGCCUUAGGGCAGUCAUAUAACAAAGAUUGAAGUCUAUUUUAGUUGUAAUCAUGACAUCUUUGAAACAACUCAGUUUUAGAAAGUAAACAUGGAAAAUAAUACACUGUUAAUUACAUUAAAAUUUAUACAGGUAUAAAGUUGUUUUUUUAUUAUUUUGUAACUUCAUUUUGAUUGGUAUGUCUGAAUGUAUUUGGUUGAUGAAUAUAUAACCCCUGUUGAUGAUUAUAUUUGGUAAAUUAGUUUGUUAAUCAAAUUAAUUAUUUUUCUUUUUUUUAAUGUUUAGUCUUUAUUUUGCAGUAUAUCUUAUAAUGAUAUUUUAAUUUAUUUUUGUUACUAAUACUUUAAGUCAUUUUUUGAAUAUCUAUUUUACGGAUGCAAAAGGAAAACACCUUACCUGUAAUGGUCAAACACAAUUAUACGAGUUAUAUACAUAGAAAAGAUUCACCAACAUUAUAUAUUUUUGAUGCAUGGUUUAUUGUUAAAUGAUACAUAACAUUUUAUUGUGUAAACUAUCUGUUUCUCUUUUUAAACUGCUGGAUUUGUGUAAUGUGUUCCCGGAUAAGCUAUAAGGCAGAGUAGGCAAGUGUCUAUGGGCCCUGUAAGACAAUGACGAAAGAAUAUUAUUUACUACUAGGCCUAAUCUAAAGGCUUCAUGAAAACAAUUAUUUUACUUAUAUCAAUGUUAUUUUUCGAUUAAAGGCUUGACAUAUUUUUACCAAGUCUGAAAUGAUAAUAAUUUAUUAUUUGCAAAAAUGUAUUGUUUUGCUGUUGAUUUCGUGUUCAAUAUGUUUACUAGGGGGCUAAGACUGAAGAAAAAUUCAACACAUUGCUGUUUCAUUUUGAGGGCCUGUGGCGUGAGCCCCACAAGUUCACUGCCUAUGGGCCUCCCGGGUGCUAAUCGGGCACUGGUUCCUAUUGUUAUUGAUAAUUGGGAUUGUUUUUCUUUUUACGUUUUAUGGCUUUAGGAUUAGGUUUCCGCUUUUAUAACAAUUGUGCCUUGUCUGGCCAUUGUUUUAAAAUGCAUUUACCUUAUUUAAUUUUAUAUUGCUAACAAUCAUUGUGGGUUUUAUAGCAGGUGUAAUACAGGUGCCUACACUGGUGCUGAGAUUUGUUUAUUCAUUAUUUGAAUAAUGCAAAGAUAUAUCUUCAGAAUACUUGAGUAAGGUUAUUGAAAUAAACAGUUGUUAAGUCGUAUUGUUCUUUGUUAAAAUUUGUUCAAAAUUUAUUGAUAAUUAUAAUCAGUGUAAAAUCAGAAAGAAGUGAAUUUACUGUACUUGUUUUUCGAAAUAUACAAGUGUUCAUAGGUUGGAUCAUGCUUGCUGAAACGUUAAAUCCAUUUCAAACGUUCUUGAUUUUGUUAACAAUGUUUAAAUAAAUGUGAAUGAAUGUCAAA